AGUGCAGUACGUCUACAAAGUUUCUUGCUGCUAGAGUAGGCAUAUCACAGAAACUCCAAAUCACCUUGAAUGUGCAUGGAAAGCUGGCAUUAUAUCAGCUCGACAAGUGAACUAGGCAUGCAAACUAGAAGCUAGCUACAUACAGACUUGAGCUGAUGGUGGCGAUGGGGCGAGGUUAUUGGUAGGCUUUUUCUGUCACAACUCUGAGAUAGUCGGUAUAUCUGUUGUCGUCUGUUUUGCGUUACAUAGCUUUGGGAGUGGUGUUCAUAAUGGUGAUAUAUAAACUAUAUGAACCUCGAGAGAGAAUUGCUUCCUAUUCAUAGUUCACAUAAUUAUAACCUCCCCACCGUCCCAUACAUCUCAUUUCUUCGGCCUCAGCUACCUGAAAAUGAUAAUCCCUAACCAAGAUUUCUCUGAAAAUCGCCUUCAGUUUGAUUAUGAUGGACUGAAUGGGGACCUAAAACGACUGUCAAUAGACUUCGGUGAUAACCUGAAACUUCAGGCUCUUGGAAGUUACUCAGAGGAUUACGAAUCUAUGUACAAAUCCACCAUGAAAAGUGGAAUUGAAUCGCUAAUGGGGGCUACCUCUAUUGCCAACAGCGUGGCAUGGGAAGAUGCCAUGGCUUAUGCGAGAGAAGUUAUUCUUGCACCUAAGGACAGUGAAGAGAGAGCGUCAUCUCCGUGGACGCGGUCUUGCUCUGAACUCCACAAGGAGCUCCUGACGCGGUUUGGUCCCGAAACUCUUGAGGCCGCCGAAACGGGUACGGCUUCUAUCAUCAAUAACUAUUACAACGGCGAUAGGCUUUCGAUUCACCACGUCAACAAGAAAGCUAGCUAUUUACGCCAUCGUCACGAUGCCAAGGUCGGAGCUGGAUUCUAUCCGCAGUCGAGUGCCCUCGCUGCUACCUGUUACCAGAGCGCAGCACUCCCUUGCUCCAUAGCAAUGUCUUGGUUUCUUCCCAUCGAAAAGGCAGUCAAAGCAGCGUAUAUCUCCCAUCUGUCCGUCUGUGAUGAUCUUGGAAGCUUCACAGGAGACGACUAUGACGUCCGAAUGCGCAUGGUUGCCAUAGCAGCCGGCGUGGCUCACCAAUUUGGUGGGAGAGCCCUUAAUGUUUUCGUAGAUGGGACAGCCAAGCAAGCAGUCGGCGCCGUCCUUGGGGUGCUGCGACCCAUCGAGGCAGCUAUGGCUUGGAGGACAGUGAAUGGAUGCGGCACGAUUUAUAGCAAGUACAAUUUCGGUGAAUGCGAUCUCGACGUCGGGUUGGUUGCUCCCGUCGUGAUGAUGGCUACACACGACCUACUUGACUGGAGAUGCGAUGUUGCCGCUGGUAAUCAUGAGAAUGCUCUCUCAGCUGUUCAUGGGUUCGGCAUCGCGUCGCCGUUCCAUGCCUUCUUGGAGACUAUGCUGAAGGAGGUUCUCACCCAUCCUCGCUCGGGCUUAUACGGCAUUGCGGGGGUUCUGUACAUGCAUUUUACCAUCGGGCGCUAUGGUGCAUGGGAAUACCACGGCGAACAUAAACCGGGCUGUGAGCAAUGUGUGCGGCUUUUACACAGAGCUACGAAGGCUGCGGGUCUUGUUUGGGCGCCGAAGCCUCCGCCGAGCAGCUAUGCCGAAGGUGACCAAGCACGAGAAUGGGGUAGACUUUGGGCGGAUCAUUUCACUGACGACGGUUCAUUGGUACAAGAAGUGGUCGGGUGGUUCCAGCACCUGAUCAAGUCAGGUGAAAUUUGGCUGUUCGAUGUGUUGGCCGAGGGAACACAGCGUGUAGAUGCAGAUGUAGAUUGGGCAUGAUGUUAUAGUGGAAUUGCAAGGACGCGUGGUUUGGUCUGGAACUAUGCUGAGCCGUAGACUGUAAACUUUUCGGGAAUACCAGGCACGAAUGCGUGUGACGAUGCUCAUAGUCUUACCUAGAGGCCUAGAGAUAUUGCACAGCACCCGAAUUCGGAUUCUAGACUUUCUGCCACCCCUUCUACCUUGUAAUAAAGAACAAACUGACUAGCCGACCCAUCCUGCCCUUUCGAAGGUCAAAACAAGGAUGAACAGUGCUAUCGCUCUCCAUAACCACGAGGGGCUUACUAUAACCAUUGACUUAUAUACCAGUCUACC